AUGGCAAAACUAGUGCUUUGCACUUGUUCUGAGUGUAUCAAAAGAACACAUACCGACCCAUCUGGGAACGAAGUCGUGGGAUUAUGGAUUCAUCCAGGAACACAAAGGAAUCAUCGAAGAAAGAUGGCUGCCAAAUCGGAACUCACACCCAUUCUCGAGGCCUUAGUCAAUGAUUUUUGUUCAAAGGCAAGCAUCAAAGAAGCCGAACCAGAAUUAGAAGCUUCUUCCGACUCCGAUUCCAGUUCGGAUUAUAUUGCUGGCCCAGAGGACGCUACUGUGUUCAAACUAGUCUUCCAAAGCUAA